CUCAUGAGUAUUGUCUAUAUAACCUAAACCCCAAUAAUUAUCUUUUCAUUUCAACUCAUUUCACUGAUUUGAAUUUGUUUUGGAAACAUUUGAUCGCAGAGAGAGUCAGAUUUUUGCAGCUGAGGAUGGUGUUCUGCUCCGACGACGUGGCCACAGGGGUGAGAGAUGCUUUCACUUAUUGUUACAGAUGCAAAGGUAGAAAAGUUACUUUUUCCGAUCACGAAGACGAUGAUGAUAACAAGCAUACCGAGGAUUUUAACUACGACCAUGAAGUGGUUGUUUUCGAGAUCAGAAGUCGGGCAAUGGAGAAGUUAAGGAAGAAGUCAAGGACAGGAAUGGAGAGACUAACUUACCAACCAACAAAGGAAUGCGACAUCGAAAAGGACGACGGUAACGAGUUUUGUUCGGUGAGAAGCAGUUUUUCGGAAUGUUGUAUGAGUGAUCUAGACAUAGAAGAUUAUAUGACGGCGAAAACCGAGUUCUCGAAAAAUUCAAGCUUCAAAGGUUUAGAGCUGGAGAAUCAAUGGAAGAUGCAUUAUGUUAAUGAGAUUAGGAAAGGAUCAGUGAUUCAAGAGUUAUGUCAUUGCCAAGGAUGGCCAUUUGGUUUGGGACGUAAAGCUGCGAUGCUUCCACCGCUUCCAAAGUCACCUGCAGAGUCAUGGUCUUGGAGGAAGCCAACAAGAGUUACUCCAGUUCCAUUAGUUUAACAAAAGGCGGUUCGAAAUGUUGAAUCAUUAAAACAAAAAGAUCUCUCAUUUAAGGAAACAGUAACAAAAUGAACACAAAAGCCUGUUAAAAUCGUUGGAGCUGUGAGUUUAUUUUUCGAUUGAUGUUAAGCUCUAAAUUUGAAAGCUUCGUUUGGAGGAAACAAUGAACAAACUCACCUUAUAUGUC